AUGAAGGAAAUUUUAGGAAUUCAACAUGGUAUCAUCUUUGAUGAAACCAUUGCUCACUAUGAAGUUCAUGCGCAUCAGCCAUAUGCAUCUGCAACCUUUAACAAUAACGAUGAGAUUCGAAUCGUUGUGCAAAACCAAAAUCUUUAUUUAUUACCAAGUAAAAGUACUCUGCAUAUCUAUGGUAGAUUAACAAAAAGAGAUGGAGCUACUGCAGUUGCCACCACAAGCAUGAUUAAUAUGGGUAUAUGUUUCCUAUUGAGAGAAAUACGUUAUCUUUUGAAUGGCGAAGAAAUUGAUCGCAUUAAUAAUGUUGGCUUAACGUGUGCUAUGAAAGGAUACUUAUCACAUAGUCCCACUCAAAUGACUACAUUGGAAAACGCUGGAUGGUUAGAAAGCGAAGAAAAUUCAUGCACGGAUGCUAAUGAAUACUUUGAUGUGUCUAUUCCACUUAGCUUACUGUGUGGAUUUGCCGAAGACUAUCAUCGAAUUGUUCCCAACUGUCAACAUCAACUGGUAAUAUCGAGAACACAAACUGAUGCUGAUGCAUUGUUACAAACUGCAGCAGAAGAGUUAAAAAUUACUCUGCACAAAAUUGAAUGGAUGAUACCUCAUAUUAAAGUAGCUGAUCAGCAUAAUAUUCAACUUCUCAACUACAUCGCUAGUGAUCCAUCGAUAUCAAUGAGCUAUCGCACCUGGGAAUUAUACGAAUAUCCACUCCUGCCAGCUACAACAAAACAGAUUUGGGCUGUUAAAACAACAAACCAGCUAGAGAAACCUCGCUAUGGUAUUCUGGGUUUCCAAACUGCUCGAAGAAAUGCACUGGAUAAAAAUGCUUGUGAAUUUGACCAUUGUUAUAUUCGUGAUGUAAAAUUAUAUUUAAAUUCCCAGUGUUAUCCUUAUGGAAAUUUAAAUAUUGACAUUGCACACAAUCAAUAUGCACUAUUGUAUGAAAUGUAUACUAAUUUUCAGAAGUCAUAUUAUAACAGAGACUCACAACCUCUGUUAUCAAAAAAAGAUUUUCUAUCAAAAGCACCGUUGAUUGUUAUUGACUGUUCAAUGCAAAACGAAUCUCUCAAGUCUGGACCAGUAGAUGUACGUCUGGAGUUUGAAUCUACAGCAGCAUUUGCCGCUCAAACUGCAGCUUAUUGUUUGAUUUUAGACGAUCGAAUUGUUAAUUAUAACCCAAUUAGUGGAAAUGUACGCAAAUUAGUAUAA